AUGAUCGCCUGCACCGUGGAAUGGCCCGUAUCGUCCAGAGUUAGUGAUCUACCCAUCUCUGCGAUCAGCGACGAGGCAGCGUCCACUUUGGAGGCUGCAAACUGGUACGAGUGCGUGGUCUCUGCACUUCCCAGCUGGCACCACGCGGCCAAAAUUAAUAUUGGUGAGCUGAUGCUGAUCUUCAUUCUAUUGCAACCGAAUUAA